AAUAAAAACAAAGGGAGAUGUUUGUAAUAUCUCCCUGUUAGCCCCGGAAACCCGACGGUGGAGGCUAAAUUUGGUCAUAGAAAUGGCUACCGUGGCCAGAGCUAUAGCCUUAGCGGGAGCAUUUCACCACUGUUCCCACAUCACCAUUAGAUCACCAAGGAGACUUUACCAUUCUUGCAGGGCUAUCUAUAACCCAAAGGUCCAAAUCAAAGAGGAAGGACAGCCUCAGACCCUUGAUUACAGGGUCUUUCUUGUUGAUCACUCUGGCAAAAAGGUAUCUCCUUGGCAUGAUAUUCCAUUGCAUUUGGGUGAUGGAGUUUUUAAUUUUGUUGUUGAGAUACCCAAAGAUACUAGUGCCAAAAUGGAGGUUGCUACUGAUGAGCUGUACACUCCAAUAAAGCAAGAUACAAAGAAGGGAAAACUUAGAUACUAUCCUUACAACAUCAAUUGGAACUAUGGAUUGCUCCCUCAAACUUGGGAAGAUCCAUCAUUUUCAAACCCUGAAGUUGAAGGAGCGCUAGGAGAUAAUGACCCAGUUGAUGUUGUUGAGAUUGGAGAGAGACAAAGAAGGAUUGGUCAGAUCCUCAAGGUUAAGCCCCUAGCUGCUUUAGCUAUGAUUGAUGAGGGGGAGAUUGAUUGGAAAAUAGUUGCAAUAUCUUUGGAUGAUCCAACAGCUUCACUUGUGAAUGAUGUUGAUGAUGUUGAGAAACAUUUUCCAGGUACUCUUGUUGCGAUUAGGGAUUGGUUCAUAGAUUACAAAAUCCCAGAUGGGAAACCUGCUAACUGGUUUGCUCUUGGCAACAAGGUGGCAAACAAGGAUUAUGCUUUGAAGAUUAUCAAUGAAACUAAUGAGUCAUGGGCAAAGCUAAUGAAGAGAUCUAUACCUGCUGGGGAUCUUUCUCUCCUGUAAACUAAUGCCAAUAAUCUGAUUGUGUAGUUUUGCUUUAGUAAACAAUGCCUCGACAGAUCAUUUUUCACUUUCUUUUGAGUUAUGUGUGUGGGGUGGGGGGGGGAGGAGACUCAAGUUUUGCUGAAUUAUGCCUCAUAUGGUCCAUUUAUCCUUACCUUACAUAGCAUCUCUUUCAUUAAUGUACUUUCCAACUUUCAAAAAAAAUUAAUGUACUUCCCAAGAAAGAAAGAAGCUUUUAUGGUUACUUGUAAUGGGUCUUUGCUACCUAAACCAGAGUUUAUUAAAUGGUAAUUCAUGUUAUUUGUUGUC